AUGUAUCCUGCUUUUUCUAGCUAUUACCAUUUCAGAUUGCUUAGGAAAAAUUAUGGUGCAGAUCAUGUAGUCAAUUACAAAGAACACUAUGAUUGCGAAAAGGAUGUACUUCGCUUGACAAAUGGUAAAGGUGUCGACUUUGUUAUCGACAAUGGCGGAGCGAGUUCAAUCGCUAAGUUAGCUGCUUCUACUAAACUUGGUGGCCAAAUAGUCGUUGUUGAUUUUAUGGCUUCGUCAAUGGAAAUGCCAGACCCACUCUUGGGUGAAUUGGUUCAACUUGUACGUGUUAAGAAAUUGUACACGGCUAAAAAGAUCAAUGAACAAGGAGAAGCUGCGCUCCAGUACUUGAAAAUUAGAUCGAACGUCGGAAAGGCAGGCAUCAAGGUAGAGUACAUUAUCUUCAAUGUCUUACUCAUAAACAAAAUGUACCACGAAUCCCUCAAGUAA